UUGAACCCGUCAGUGAAUCAGCUGAUCGCUUUACUCACGUGGAGAAUCAGCUGUGCGCGACAAUGGAGGAACUGGUGGAUAAGGAUCUCGAGAUACCGCCCAUCAAAUACGAAUAUCUCGAUCACACCGCGGACGUACAAUUGCACGCAUGGGGCGAUACCAUGAAGGAAGCUUUCGAGCAGUGCGCGAUGGCCAUGUUCGGCUACAUGACAGAUCUGAUUCGCGUGGAGGUCGCACAGGUGCACCACGUGGAGGCCGAGGGACACGAUCUCGAGAGUCUGCUCUUCCACUUCCUCGACGAGCUGCUUUUCAUGUUCAGCGCCGAGCCAUGCAUUGUCGCAAAGAAAGUCAAGAUUACUGAAUUCGACGAGCAGGACUUGAAAAUCAAAGCCACCGCAUACGGCGAGGAGUUCACGAUCGGCAAACACACGCAAGGCGCCGAGGUAAAGGCUAUUACAUAUUCCGCGAUGCAGAUUUACGAUCGUCCGCAGGUGGAGCGACCCGAGGUUUUUGUCAUCGUCGACAUAUGAUUGUAAUCGAGCGAACACCCUCGAUCAUCUUACCUUAUGUUCAGUGUUUGCUGUAGAUAAUUUCAAAAUUAUCUAGAUAAAGAUAAACAUAAUUUUGUUUAUUCUAUAAGACUAUAAAUAUUUGUAAAAAAUGUGAGGCAGAUUAUAAAUGGGAAA